GAGUUAUCAGCCUCCACGGCGGCAGGUGUGCGGAAGGUUUUUGCGGAUCGGGCGGCAGUACUCACCAGAUAUCGCGUAUACGCCCUGCACUCCGGGAAUCGGUGCCUGGUGCCUAGUGCCUGUUGGUGAUUCAGUCGAUGAAUGGCCCUCGUGGAGCGGAAAUUGUUACGUGCGAAUUGUGUAAAAUGAGCUGACCCCUGAUCGGAAAUGGAGUUUCUUGGGCAGUGAAGAGCCACGAUUGGUUUCCAUUUCCAUUUCGGUUUCCCUAUUUGUGUUUCUGCGGUCAUUUGCGAUUUGCACAUGCCCGUUUUGCGUGCUCGCCUCAAGUGAUAGUUUGCGGAAUACAUAGAUAUCGAACACUGACUUAAUACCCCGAACUAAUCAAUUUAAAGCCAAUAAGUGUUAUACCGACGAAGUAAAUCGAUUCCGUAGACCAAUCACAAUCGAAGCAAACGAGUACAUAAUCCGUCACAAUUGCAACCGAACACAACAAAUUUAUAGCCGCAAUUAAAUCCUUGGCCAUAAAUCAGGGAAUAUGGCCGGGGUAAUCAAAGUGUUUAACCCACACACAGCAAACGCAUCGAGAUAAAUUAGCGCGAACAAGAGAUUGGCCAGAAUAAAAGAUAUUAUAUAGACGGAUACAGAUACCUGGAUACAGAUAUAGAUACAGAUAUCUGGUAUCUGGUAUCCAGUGCAACAUGGCCUGCUUUCCCCGACUUUUCCAUCAUCGCAGCAAAAACAAAUUCACGCCCGCCGAAGAUGAGAACACCGAUACGAUACUCAACACACAAGAUAGUCCCGUGCAAAUUGGCCGGUACGUCCGUCGCGAGGAGAAGCCACUGUACUCGCCCAUCGUCACUCCCAGUGCCAGUGAGGCCAAACUUCAGCGCCUCAGGCAGCCGGCGCCCGGCUCACCGCCCACCUCCGCCCCCUCCCCCGUCAGGGGCACCCUGCAGUCGGUUGCCGAAAAUGGCAGCGCACACAAUGGCGUCCAGGAGCGGAAGUUCCGCUCCAACAAGGACAAACUGCCGGCGCAGGACGCGUCCCCGUCCGGCGGCAGUGCAAUUAAUGUCACACGCUCGAGUUCGAAAUUAAGACCAGUCAAAGAGCGUCGGCCCACCGCCCUGCCCACCGAGGUGCCCAGCAUCGAGAUCCAGGAUGUGAAGGAUGCCAAGGAUGCGCUGGUUGCAAGGCAUGGCCAGGAUGCACUGGAGGAGGCGGUGGUGGCGCCGGAGCCGGGUGCUAAUGCACAUGUCGAUGUCGUCGAUGGCGGCAAGUCAAAACUCAAAGUGAAUGUGAAUGGCAUAAUUGAUGAGGGCGUCGCCCACGAUGAUGAUGUUGCCACACCCUCGAGCACAGCCACGACACCUGUGACCGGAGGUCCUGUAAAGUUUUUCAUUGGUCACACGCAGGAACUAAGCGGCCAGCAAACAGAUGACAACUUGUCCUGGCAGAGCAGCGAUGCCAACAACAACGACAGCAGCAGCAGCAGCGCCGCCAAGCUGACAAAUGGCGUCCUGCCACAGGAGCAACGGGAACGGGAAUGGGACAAGGAUUCCAGAGGGAACCUGCAACCACUCCAGGCACCGCCCCGCGCCAAGAGCUCCAGCAACGUGUCACUCAAUUAUCUGGCCAAGAGCCAGACGGACAGCCAGCGCCGCCGACGUGUGUCCACGAUGCCCGAUAUUAACAUACCGCCGGCACCGCCGCUGCCUCCGGAGCUCCUCGUCCCCGGAACGCCGCUCCAUCUGCGCAAGAAACGGAGCGUGGAGCGACCGCAGCAGGAGCAGGAGCAGCAGGAGCAGAAGCAGCAAGAGCAGCAGUGGCAGGGGAACCAGCAGAGCCAGCAGGAUGCUUCGAAUAGUCAAGAUCAAAUAGCAGCAGCAAAGGAGGGCGGCGAGAGUCAGAAGUCCAGCGAUUCCUCGACACCAAAAACACAUCGCGUGGAAGGUGGCCUCAUCUAUGUCCGUCCCAACUUUCCCAUUCAGGGCGACAUUGAAAUCGAAUCUAUUGCAAAGGACGAAGGCACACGCAAUCUCAUACGAACGGCCAUUGAGCGCAAUGACUUCCUCAAUAAUCUAAUGGACAAGGAGCGCAAGGAGAUGGUUAUCAACGCCAUGGCCCCGGCCAGCUACAGGAAGCACAGCCUCAUCAUCCGGGAGCACGAGGAGGGUUCCGAGAUCUACGUCUCCGCCGAGGGCCAGUACGAUGUCAUCCGCGGUGGCCAACUGGUGGCCAGCUUCGGACCGGCCACCGUGUUCGGUGAACUGGCCAUCCUCUACAAUGCUCCGCGCCAGGCGUCCAUAGAGGCUGCCACCGAUGCACGCGUGUGGAAAAUCGCACGCGAAACCUUCCGCGCCAUCAUGCAAAUCUCUGGGUCCCGGGAACGCGAGGAGAACCUCCAGUUCCUGCGCUCCGCUCCUUUGCAGGAGUUCGACCAGAGUUUGCUGCUCAAAGUCGUGGAUCUUCUGCAGCGGAAAUUCUACGAGACCGACAGCUGCAUUGUCCGCGAAGGAGAGCUGGGCAACGAGUUCUACAUCAUCCGCUGCGGCACGGUGACCAUCAAGAAGCGGGACGACCAGCAGCUGGAGCAGAUUGUGGCCAAUCGGAAGCGCGGCGACUACUUCGGGGAGCAGGCGCUGCUCAAUGCGGAUGUGCGGCAGGCCAGUGUCUAUGCGGAUGCCCCGGGCACCGAGGUGCUCAUGCUGGACAGAGAAGCCUUCAUUAGCUAUCUGGGAACCAUAAAGCAGCUGCGCGAUAAGCCCAGCAGUCAGCGCAGCGACACGAGUGGUCGUUCCAGCAACAAGUCGCUGGAGUUCGACAACGAGUACUCCCAGGUGGCCAUCUCGGAGCUGAAGAAGAUAACCACGCUGGGCUGCGGCGCCUUUGGACGCGUGGAUCUGGUGGCCUACAAACAAGAGGCGCUGGCCCUGAAGAUCAUCAAGAAGAUCGAGGUGGUCAAGCAAGAUCAAAUAGAGCACGUUUACAACGAGAAGAACGUCAUGAUUAAGUGCCGGCAAUCGCCCUUCAUAGUACAACUGUAUCGCACGUACCGCAAUGACAAGUACGUCUACUUCCUAAUGGAGGCGUGCAUGGGCGGUGAUGUAUGGACGGUGAUGUCAAAGCGCCAGUACUUCGAUGAGAAGACGGCUAAAUUUAUAGCGGGCUGUGUCGUCGAGGCCUUCGACUACUUGCACUCCCAUCACUUCAUCUACAGGGACUUGAAGCCCGAGAACCUGAUGCUGGGCACGGAUGGCUACUGCAAACUGGUCGAUUUUGGAUUUGCCAAGUUUGUGCGGCACAACGAGAAGACCAACACCUUUGCGGGCACACCGGAGUACGUGGCCCCGGAGAUAAUCCUGGAUCGAGGACACGAUCGAGCCGUCGACUAUUGGGCCCUGGGAAUUCUCGUAUACGAACUGCUGGUUGGCAAAACGCCCUUCAGGGGCGUCAACCAGAUCAAGAUCUACCAGCAAAUCCUCAGUGGCAUCGAUGUCAUCCACAUGCCCUCGCGCAUCCCCAAGUCCGCGCAGCACCUGGUGCGGCAUCUCUGCAAGCAACUUCCGGCGGAAAGGCUGGGCUAUCAGCGCAAGGGAAUCGCCGAUAUCAAACGGCAUAGUUGGUUCGAAAGUCUCGACUGGCAGAGAUUGAAGCAGAAGCAACUGCCGUCGCCCAUCAAGAGGCCGUUGAAGAGUUGGACCGACUUGCAGUAUUUUGGUCCUUCGGGUGUUGAGAACGACUACGAGCCACCGGAGGAACUGAGCGGUUGGGAUAAAGACUUUUAGGGCUUUGGAAGAAGUACAUUUUGUAAAGUUUCGGAUAUUAGUAGUUAGUUAGUAGGAUAAGUGUACCCACGCAGCAGCCAUUACAACCUCGUCUUAAUUACUAGCUUCGAAAAUACCCAAGUCUGUGCCCAAUUGUUACCUAUUCUGUACUAGAGUUUUAUUGUAAGUUUGUUAGAUUAAAUACUUUUUAGGUAGACGUUAACAUGAACAAUUAUAUCGCCCAUUUACAUAAGAACAGAA